GGAUAUAAAAGAGAAGGUUCAGCACACUCUAAAGAGUCUCUUCUAGGGUUAAAGCGCAGCUUUGAAACAAGAAUUAGGGUUUCAAAGUUUGAGUGAAAAUCAUGGCGAAAUUAACAGGGAAGGUGAAGUGGUUCAACGAUCAGAAGGGGUUUGGUUUCAUCACCCCUGAUGAUGGUUCUGAGGAGCUUUUCGUUCAUCAAUCUCAGAUCCAGACUGACGGUUUCCGUAGCCUAGCUGAAGGAGAGUCUGUUGAGUAUCAGAUCGAAUCUGAUAACGACGGACGAUCUAAGGCUGUUAAUGUUACUGGACCUGAUGGUGCUAAUGUUCAAGGAACCAGACGCGGUGGUGGCGGCGGCGGAGGUUAUGAGCGUGGUGGAGGUGGUUAUGGGGGUGGAGGAAGCUAUGGUGGCGGUGGAUAUGGUGGUGGAGGCGGUUAUGGUGGUGGACGUGGUGGAGGAGGAUAUGGUGGUGGCGGAGGAGGCUAUGGUGGUGGUGGACGUGGAGGAGGACGUGGUGGAGGCGGCGGUGGCUGCUAUAACUGUGGUGAAUCUGGACACAUGGCUAGGGAUUGCAGCAGUGGUGGAAGCGGUGGUGGAGGUGGUGGCAGGUACGGUGGUGGCGGUGGCGGCGGUGGCGGUGGAAGCUGCUACAGCUGUGGAGAGUCUGGUCACUUUGCCAGAGAUUGCCCAACAAGUGCUCGUUAGAUCUCUCUGUGCUUUACUUUUAUGGUAAAGUGUGGGUGAUUUAGUUGGUUUUUUUAAGUUUUCAGAGUCGCUAUUUUGGUUUUGAUUUUAUCUUUAUAUUUUGCAAUAGUUUUAGGGGUUUUAUGAUGGAUCUAUCUAUUGUGCGAACUCUUGGUCUUUAUAAUCGAAUUUGGGUUAUUUUGUUAUUUUGGUUGGUGAUAUUCUGGAUCUAUGAAUGAAAUUAUAAUAUCUAUAAACAAAAUCUGCUAGGUUUUUGCUAA